UCGCGUGCGCCGCACGGGCAGCGCCCUCCGCGCACCAUGCAGGUCUCCAGCCUCAACGAGGUGAAGAUCUACAGUCUCAGCUGCGGCAAGUCCCUUCCGGAGUGGCUUUCUGACAGAAAGAAGAGAGCACUGCAGAAGAAGGAUGUCGAUGUCCGGAGGAGAAUUGAACUUAUUCAGGAUUUUGAAAUGCCUACUGUUUGUACCACUAUUAAGGUUUCAAAAGAUGGACAAUAUAUUUUAGCAACUGGAACAUAUAAACCUCGGGUUCGAUGCUAUGACACCUAUCAAUUAUCCUUGAAGUUUGAAAGGUGUUUAGAUUCAGAAGUUGUCACCUUUGAAACAUUGUCUGAUGACUAUUCAAAGAUUGUCUUCUUACAUAAUGAUAGAUACAUUGAAUUUCAUUCCCAAUCAGGUUUUUACUACAAAACCAGAAUACCAAAGUUCGGGAGAGAUUUCUCUUACCAUUAUCCAUCCUGCGACUUAUACUUUGUUGGCGCAAGCUCAGAAGUUUAUAGAUUAAAUUUGGAACAAGGACGGUACCUAAAUCCUCUACAGACUGAUGCUGCGGAGAAUAAUGUUUGUGACAUAAAUUCAGUGCAUGGCUUAUUUGCUACCGGAACAGUAGAGGGUCGAGUGGAGUGCUGGGACCCAAGAGUUCGAAGCAGGGUUGGCCUGUUAGACUGUGCGUUAAGCAGUGUCACAGCAGAUUCAGAGAUAAACAGUUUACCAACAAUCUCUGCUUUGAAAUUUAAUGGUGCCUUGACCAUGGCGGUUGGAACAUCCACAGGGCAGAGCGUUUUUGCUGGCCGACUCUGGGAUCUUUGUACCCUGCGUGAAGGUGUUCAUUGUGCUCAUAAAAAAGUGAAACAAAUGGCAGCCACUAUUGUUUUAUUAUAUGAUCUCCGCUCUGAUAAGCCACUGCUAGUUAAGGAUCAUCAGUACGGGCUGCCCAUUAAGUCCAUCCAUUUCCAGGAUUCUUUAGAUUUGAUUUUGUCUGCAGACUCUCGAAUUAUCAAAAUGUGGAAUAAGAACUCAGGGAAGAUAUUUACUUCCUUGGAGCCAGAACAUGACAUUAAUGAUGUCUGCCUCUAUCCCAACUCAGGGAUGCUUCUUACUGCCAAUGAAACCCCCAAGAUGGGCAUCUAUUACAUUCCGGUUUUGGGUCCUGCUCCCAGGUGGUGUUCCUUCUUAGACAACUUGACAGAAGAAUUGGAAGAGAAUCCAGAAAGCACGGUUUACGACGACUACAAAUUUGUCACCAAGAAAGACCUUGAGAAUUUAGGGCUCACACAUCUCAUCGGAUCGCCUUUUCUCCGGGCGUAUAUGCAUGGAUAUUUCAUGGACAUAAGACUGUAUCACAAGGUGAAAUUGAUGGUAAAUCCAUUUGCUUAUGAAGAAUAUAGGAAAGACAAGAUCCGACAGAAGAUCGAAGAAACACGGGCGCAGAGAGUCCAGCUGAAGAAAUUGCCCAAAGUUAACAAAGAGCUGGCACUGAAACUGAUCGAGGAGGAGGAGGACAGGCAGAAAUCCACGUGGAAAAAGAAGGUUAAGAGCCUUCCCAACAUUCUGACCGACGACCGGUUCAAAGUUAUGUUUGAGAACCCCGACUUCCAAGUAGAUGAAGAGAGUGAAGAGUUUAGGCUUUUGAAUCCACUUGUUUCAAGAAUUAGUGAAAAAAGGAAGAAGAAACUACGACUCUUGGAGCAGCAGGAGCAUCGUGGAAACGAAGAGGAGGAAGAACCGGAAGGAAAGCCAAGCGAUGCGGAAAGUUCUGAGAGCUCCGACGAUGAGAAAGGCUGGGUUGAAGAGGUCAGGAAGCAGCGCAGGCUCCUGCAGCAGGAGGAAAGAGCGCAGCGGCAGGAGCGGCGCAGGGAGGACCAGCAGACGGUCCUCAAGCCCCAGUUUUAUGAGAUCAAAGCAGGCGAAGAAUUCAGGAGCUUCAAAGAUUCUGCCUCCAAGCAGAAGCUGAUGAAUAAAACCCUAGAAGAUCGGUUGAAACUUGAAGCGAAAACUGGGACGUUGAACGUAUCAGACACCACAGUUGGCAGCAAGCAGUUGACAUUCACAUUAAAGAGGUCUGAACAGCAGAAGCAGCAGCAGGAGGCUGAGAAACUGCACCGAAAGGAGAGGAAAGCACUCCGUCGCCCAGCUGGUCACCUGAAAUCCAGACACAAGAGAGGGCGGCCCUUCCACUGAGCCUGGAGGUGGCCUCGGAGGGAGCUGGCCUUCUCCGAGCUGAGACCGUCAUCAGAGCACGCUGAGCACAGAAAGGGAGCACGCGUCUUCCACUCCAGGUCGAUUCUUACACAUCUCCAGAGGUUAAAAUUCAGCAACCUGUCCCUGCGCCUUCUGGGUCAGAGCAUCGUCCCCAGGGUGCAAAAGAUGUUGCUCCUCCCCGUAAACAUCGUCCUUUUCCAGUCCAGUCAUUUCUUAAUAUUGUUAAAUGUGUGCCAUGAAAUGGGAGGUUCUCCUGUGCUGAAAAUCCAGGUUGAUCAUGUUCCAGGAGCUUUCUCCUGCGGUGCCGCCGCCACUCCCGGGCAGACCACCCGGAAGCACAGUGCCGGCUCUGCGCCUGUGCAGCCCCGUGCGUGCGCGCGUGUGCACGUGUGUGUGUCAGUUUGGGGUUUUUUAAAAAAUAUUUUUAUACCAAGAAAAGACAGAUUAAUGAAACAACCUAAAACAAGAAAUGGAAGCUACUUGUAUUCUUUUAUACUUGACACAAGAUUAAGUACAGAUUUCUUUUUUCUGUUUCUUAAGUGCA